AUGGUCGAGGUAGACAUUGAAUGGAGGAUUGACCCUGUUCAUCGUCGCAGAUCACAAAAUCGCAUUGCCCAACGCAAAUUUCGUCAGUCGCGCAAGACAUCAAAAUUUGCGCUUAACGAUAGCAAUCAGCCAGUAUCUAGUGGAGAUUCUCAUUCGAUUACUGAAACGGACCUGAUAGAAGUCCCAGAUCUUCAAGAUUCCACAGAAGUUGGCACCAAUUCGUCCGAUUAUCUCACCAGGGUAGCCACUUCUGCACAAACAUCUGGCAGUUCGACGGCCGGCUCCCCAAAUGACACACCCAAUAAUGGUGUUCAAGGAUUAGACGAUAUCAAUUUCAUGGACAGCUUAAUUUCCGGCAGUGACAGCUCGUUUUCGACACCACCGAUGACCGACUUUCAAGCCAAUUUCGAUCAGAACUUAGACUUCAUUUCUCUGAGAACAUCAAGGACGUCAUCGGCUAGCCCUAUGAGCUCAGACUGCUUCAACUUCUAUGGGACCCUGGGAGGUGUCUUUUCACCCACCCGCUCCGAUCACGCACAGCACAAAGGCUCUGGACAUGAACCGCACGUCCAUCCGGGCAUGGCCUUGAUACCGCACAACUGCAGCGACUCCAGUCAAUCGAGCUUGACAAAGGAACGCCCCACUUCAGUAUUACUCAAACCAGAUGGACAAAGCAAAGGAUGGCUGAGUCCGCUACACAUCGCCGCUCGUCGAGGUCACGAGCCGAUCGUCCGCACACUUAUUUCACACAAUAUCGACUGCAAUGAAAAAGAUAGCGACAUGCGAACGGCUUUAAUUCAUGCGUCAAUAGACGGGCACGAACCUGUAGUCAGUCUACUUCUUGCACACGGCGCUCGUAUCAGUGAUGUAGACCGACGGGGACGAUCGGCAUUGUAUUGGGCUACCAUGAAUCAGCAUCAAGGUGUUUUACGAUUGCUUUUGUGGGAAUACGAUAAGAGAGACUGGGAGCAAGGCAUUGAUGCGUAUGAUGACAUGGGCUGGACUGCUCUGCAUAUUGCUAUUGAAAAGGGCUUCGAUGUUGGGGUUCAAUUAUUAUUAGCAAGUGGCGCUGAUUUGAAUGCGAAAGCGCAAAAGACGUGUAACGGUGAUGAUGACAAGGAUGAUAGUAGAACCGUACAAGCAGGCUAA